GAGGUAGACUAUGCAGCCUGCCAUGCAAAAGUGUAUAGGGCAGUGGAUGUAAAUAAACGGUGUUUCAAUACUUUUCCUACGCCCACCCCUUUUAGCCCAAGACAGAAACGGGGCUUCGAUAAUGGUUCGUGGAAAAAUAUUUUAUCCUGUAUUCAGCUGGGACAAACGAAAUUAAAUAAUCAACGGAAAGGGGCCUUCUGAAACGCCAAAAGAGAGUGCCUGUAUUAUUUUGAAGAAGUCUUUCAGUGCAGAUACAAGAUAGCCGAAAAGGAAGCAGAGAGCGGGUGAGGACCGGGAGCGCUGGAGAGUUCAUCGCCGGCUUCCGGACAUUCGGGGCGGCAUUCAGAUCGCAGACAUCGCACCUGGGGGAAAACCAAGCCAACAUACCAUAAAUAUUGGACUGAAAUCUCUGGAAGCGUUUAAAGAACGGUGAAUUUUGUUACUGCGAUGUCCAGGAAAGUACACAGAAGCGAGGUGUGUGCCGACUGCAGUGCACCAGACCCAGGCUGGAGCAGUAUAAACCGAGGGGUUCUGAUCUGCGAUGAGUGCUGUUCGGUGCACCGGAGCCUGGGCCGACACAUUUCCAUCGUCAAACACCUACGACACAGUGGCUGGCCUCCCUCUUUACUGCAGAUGGUGCAGACCCUGGCCAGUAAUGGCGCUAACUCAAUCUGGGAACACUCCCUGCUGGAUCCAGCACAGGUUCAGAGUGGGCGCAGGAAACCAAACCCACAAGAUAAAGUCCACCCCACUAAGUCUGAGUUCAUUCGCGGCAAGUACCAGAUGUUAGCCUUCGUCCACAAGCUGCCCUGCCGUGACGAUGAUGGGGUCACCACCAAGGACCUCAGCAAGCAACUGCACUCAAGUGUACGGACAGGAAGUCUGGAGACGUGUUUACGACUGCUGUCUCUGGGGGCACAAGCCAACUUCUUUCACCCGGAAAAGGGCACAACCCCUCUGCAUGUGGCCGCCAAGGCAGGGCAGGUUUUGCAGGCUGAACUGCUGGUGGUGUAUGGGGCAGAUCCGGGAGCUCCAGAUAUCAAUGGCCGCACACCCAUUGACUAUGCUCGGCAAGCAGGACACGUGGAGCUCUCUGAGCGUUUGGUGGAGUGUCAGUAUGAGCUCACAGACAGAUUGGCCUUCUACCUGUGUGGCAGACGGCCAGAUCACAAAAACGGACAUUAUAUCAUCCCUCAGAUGGCCGACAGAGCUCGCCCUAAGUGCCCGACGCAGAGCCUGGACCUCUCUGAACUGGCCAAGGCAGCCAAGAAGAAGCUUCAAGCGUUAAAUAACCGCUUGUUCGAGGAGCUGGCCAUGGAUGUGUACGAUGAAGUGGACCGUAGAGAGAAUGAUGCAGUGUGGCUGACAACUCAAAACCACAGUACACUCGUGACAGAAAGGAGUGCUGUCCCCUUCUUACCCGUUAACCCUGAAUACUCAGCAACACGUAACCAGGGGCGACAAAAAUUGGCUCGUUUUAAUGCACGAGAAUUCGCCACCCUCAUUAUCGACAUCCUCAGUGACGCCAAGAGACGACAGCACGGAAAAGGCUUGACAAGCCCCACAGACCCUCUGGAUCUGAGCCAGGCAGAUGAUGACCAACACGAUUAUGACAGCGUAGCGUCUGAUGAGGACACUGACAGCGAGCUGACCACACAGAAUAACAACAACACCCAACGAAACAACAGGGCCAAGAGCAUGGAUUCGUCCGACCUGUCAGAUGGGCCUAUUACACUUCAGGAGUAUCUGGAGGUGAAGAAAGCACUGGCCUCUUCAGAGGCCAAAGUUCAACAGCUUAUGAAAGUCAACAACAACCUGAGUGAGGAGCUACGGAGGCUUCAGAAGGAGAUCACACGGAUGCAGUUGGAGAACAGAGUGCUGCGGGGGGCCCAGGCUGGAGCCGGGGGCACUCUGACUGGAGGUGGUGGCCAAGGGCUGUGGCACGGUGGGGUAAGGGGUACGGGAGGGGGAGGAGGGGUUGGCGGAGACUCCGGCCUAAUCGCACAUUCCGCCCCCCUCCGCCGGGACAGACAAGCCUUCUCUAUGUAUGAGCCUGUGGUGACCACCCCUAAAGCUCUCACCCCAGCCCUGGACCCCCUGACCGGCCGCCUGCAGCCUCUCAGCCCCACCGUGCGAAAGGGAGCCCCUGCAGGUCCAACCCCUUACGGAGGGUCACACUUGUCAGCCUCCACUGAGGGACGGUACAAUACUUCUAAAAUGGGAGAGAAAUAUGGAAGCGGCACAGAUAGUGACUAUGACAACUCUCAAACUUACGACGUCUCCUUUGGCAUGGGCCGCAGCAGUGAGGAGGACAGUAGGGGGGAUUUGGAAGAGACAGAGGGUGAGCCUGACCCCACUCUGCCCUGCACGGAGGACGUCAUCCUCAAGACAGAGCAGGUCACCAAGAACAUUCAGGAGCUCCUGAGAGCUGCACAGGAGUUUAAACAUGACAGUUUUGUGCCAUGCUCAGAGAAAAUCCACUUAGCUGUGACAGAAAUGGCUUCUCUCUUUCCCAAGAGGCCGGCAUUGGACACAGUGCGCUCCUCUUUGAAGCUCCUGGCAGCCAGUGCCUCCCGUCUACAGGUGGAGUGUCGCAAAGCGGCUCCCUCCGACUCGUCAACCAACACGGUGGACUACCAGCUCCUCACCCAGCAGGUCAUCCAGUGCGCCUAUGACAUUGCCAAAGCUGCCAAACAGCUGGUCACCAUCACCACCCGUGAAAAGAAACAGUGACCCACCCACCACAAUGGGGUCUGUCGGGCUGGGCGUAUGGACUGACUGAGGAAGGGAGAGGAGGAAGACACUAACUGAGAAAGUGGUGGAUGAUGGAGAAAGGAAGUGAUGCAUCGUAGAUAGAAAAUGAAAGGUCAGAUGGGCCAGAAUGUUGAGUGUUAGAACAGACAAGUAAAACGAUGGGUCUAAUGAUUGACAAGAAGGAAUUAUGGGUGUCGAAAAGACAGCAAACGGUCCAUGCAGAUGUUGCCACCAGGACGCAGUGAUGUGGAAUGUUUAGGAGAGGCCAAAUGGAGCAGCUUGUUGUUUCAUUACACUCCUGUUCAUCUUUCUGUUCUGUGUUUUGAGGAUUUCUCUCUUUGACGCGACAAUAUGGGCUGUUGUUUGCAUACAGACGACUGUCGUGUGGUUAAUUUCUCUGUCAUAAACAGACACAAGUACACAAGCACUCCUACCCUCACCUGGAGAACCACAAUAUUUCCUCCUGUAUUGUUUUGUUUUUUGUUUUCUUCUAUCUCCUGAUACUUUUUGUAUUUUUAAGUGCCGCUCCAUUGACCUGUUUCUCUUGGGACAGAUGUACUGACUUCUAAACGAAAAACACUGGAUUUAUUUUAAUGUUUAUGACUUUUGUUUUUUAUUAUUGUUACAAUUAUCUUUGUCCUUGAUCUUUUCUUUUGAAUUUUGUUUAUUUUGAUAAUCCGUUUUGUUUAUGUGGAAAUCAUGCUGAGCUUUGAGAACAUUUAACAGGGGUGAACAAUAACCUGUUAAACUUAAGCAAAACUCUCCCGUCCUCCAGUGUAAAAACACUGGUUCACUUACAGUGUUUUACUAUGUAUACUAAUUUUGUUUGUCAAAAUGUGUUGAACACUAGCCAAAGGAACAGAGGGGAGUGAAGACACUACUGUUGCGGAUUCCUCUAUUUGCUGCGAGCACAAAGACAAUAGUUGGGGUUAAUGUACGGAAAAGUCUAGCCAGGUCACCCUGGCGGUGAGACAGACAGCCCUAGCUCCUCUCAUCUCAUCUCAAUGCCUACAUUAGUGGGUUUUUGAUCAGUACAAUGCAAACAUGUUAGCACAAUCACCACAUUCUUUUCCUCUCAAGCGGUUUAUUAAAGACCACCACUACUGGACAUCUUUCUUUUCUGCACAUAAACUUAAUUGAUGAUUAAUCUAAUAGCCGCCUUCAUUAGCUUAGUGGAGUUAAAGACUUUAAUAAGGACUCUUCCAUUCUGGACCAGAUCUGUUUUAUUUUUGUUGUUUGUUUUAUUUUUGUGGUGUUUUUUUGUUUUCCAUUUGAAAAUAUUUGCUCUCUGGAGUAUUCAUGCCUCAUGCAUUAUAAUAUUUCCUUGUUAAAUAUUUUUGUUUUAAUCAAUGCAUAUAUGUAGUUAAUGUUUAUUGAUGUAAAAUGACCCUUAUUAUGUUCUAUAAGCUACAAGCAUGUGAAUGUUGAUGGUUGAAGAUGACCACUGUCAAUGUUCUCGUCACUAACAUUUCAGUUGCAGUCACAGGGAAAACGAAGAUGUCCAACCACUGCAUCAGGACCAGUGAACUUCUGUUGGAGGAAUAUAGUUGUUCUAAACUUCAAGGGAGAGGAGUUGAACUGGAGCUUCCAAUAUGUACGCACACAGAUACAAAUUGUUCCAAAGUGAGGCUUGAUACCACAUCUGCGUUCAAGCUUCAUCAAAUUAAGUGUUAAUUUGUACAGUUACUUUGCAUUUAAGAAUCCCAUCUCAAACUACAAGCCUUAAAACUACUUUGUUGUUCUUCAUAUCUGUUCUUUUGCUUCCCCUACCAGCCUUAAGUUAAGCCAGAUUUUGUUCAUGCCAUUUGUCCUUUUGUUUAACUUUUUCAAUAGAGUGAAUGGGAUAAUGUUAACAUCCCCCAAAAUGUGUCAAAAAGAUUGUCUGAAAAUCUAUAAUCAUUGCCUUUGCACAUCUGCAUGACCGUAAUUACACAGUAAUUUCGUGAAUGCAUUUCUUCCACACUAGAAGAACACCAUGAGUUAAAGUGUAGUUUUAUUUUUUUCCAGAUUUUUGUUUUUCCAAUAAAUAUGUUAGGAUGGUCACUAGGAAAUGGUUUAUUAUGUGAUGAUUGAUAUUGGGAGAAAGACCUUUGGCCAUUCUUAAAUAAGCACUAAAUUUAGAAGUGUAUGGGAGAGGGAGUAAUUGCACAUUAUGGAAGUUUUCCCACUCGUUCUGCAGUGAAUGCAUACUUUGCUCACACACUGCACCAGUAAAAUUAAUUCUUUAAAUAAAUUAAUACACACACAGGACCACUGUUCUAUAAAACAGUUAUACUAGUAGUUGCACUGUACUUGUAAUGACUGUUCUCUGAUAUCAUACAAUUCUUACAUGAGAGAUCAGCUGAUGGGAGAAAUUAUUUUAGCAGAGGUUACCUAUAAAUAAAAUAAAUUAAAAGACAAAUUAAAACCAUUGAAAUCAUAAUAAAGACUUGCAAGCUGUACAUUUGUAAUCAAUAAAUGGAAAA